GCCGGCAGGUCGGGAGUUCAUUAUCCCUUCGCUGGCACACAGGUUCAUAGCAGAGAUGGUGGAUUUCUUCAUUCUGUUCUUUAUAAAGGCAACCAUAGUUUUAAGUAUUAUGCACCUCAGUGGGAUAAAAGACAUCUCUAAAUUUGCUAUGCAUUACAUAAUAGAAGAAAUAGAUGAAGAUACAUCCAUGGAAGAUUUGCAGAAAAUGAUGGUAGUAGCUCUCAUCUACAGGUUAUUAGUCUGCUUCUACGAGAUAAUCUGUAUUUGGGGAGCAGGCGGAGCGACCCCAGGGAAGUUCUUGCUUGGACUGCGAGUUGUGACGUGUGAUACUUCUGUACUCAUCGCACCCAGUCGUGUGUUAGUCAUUCCAUCUUCUAAUGUCAGUAUGACAACGUCUACAAUAAGAGCUUUGAUCAAGAAUUUUUCUAUCGCUUCAUUUUUUCCUGCAUUCAUUACGCUGCUGUUCUUUCAGCACAACAGAACAGCCUACGAUAUCGUAGCAGGAACUAUUGUGGUAAGAAGAAAUGGAAUCAGAUGAUAGCAAAAGAUGACAGACUCCCAGACUGUUUUUGAAAACCGUUCCCAAAUGAACAAAGACCUACCCGAAACUGACAUUGAGAUGACCGUCCGAAUCUUAAGCCCAAAUUAAAGCAGAAUGACUCUGAAGCUAAAGGAGAUGGGUUGCUCCAGAGCGGUGCUGGCAGCUACCUUCAAAGUACUGGAGUUCUCACCAAUGCCAAAGAAUUUUGAGAGAAAUGAUAUGUAUUAACUGUAACUUGAAAAUAAGCGACUCUGUUAGUAACUGCAGAACAGUGCAGUUCUGUUUGUCAUCCUGGGGGGGAAAGCAGAUACUGAGAAAUACUCCACCUCUAAAGAAGUGUUUUUCCUACAGUUUUGGGUAUUGGCGGUAACUAACUAGAAAAUGUUGUUUUCCAAGCAGUUGCCUGAGUUGUGUUGUUGCAGAUUCUUUGAGGGGAAGGGAACUGCAGUGUUGGAGAGUAAGGCACAUUCACUGAGUUACAGUGACAGAUGUGUAGAAAGAAAAGUGUUUAUCCCUGCCCUUAUUACUGCUUCACAGAUCAUAUUCCCUCACCUCUUAAAAGUAUUUUAUCUGAAUAUUGAUGGUGACAAGUUUUUUUGCAUGAUUAUCUUAAGUAUUGUCAUUUAUUUAACGUGUCAAAGCUAAUGAGGUGAAAUGGUAGCUGCUUUUUCUCUGGGAAGGGCAUUUUACACUGCAGUGUUAGUGAAUUGCCAUGUAUAUAAUUUUGGAGCUGUGAACAGCACACAUCAUUUGCUUCUCUCUGGAGUGAAAGCAUUUGUCUAUUUCUUGCAUAUAAUAUCAAGCAAAACAGCUGACUGAGUUUCCAGGAGCAUGCAGAAACUAUUAACUGAAACACGUGCUAUGGGUGUAAGUCAACAGAAGUACAAAUACUACUUGUUUUCACUUUAUAUUCUGGCUAACUGUUGGUAUAUUCAGAAUAACUUAAAUACUGAAUAAAAAAGCCUAAUAUUUUGCAUGAUUAUA